AGCAAAGCGAAGCCUUUCCCACAUGCUUAAGUUGAGCCUAUUCGAUAUCCGGAAGGUCAAUGGAUGCGCCUCCACGUCGCUUGAAAGUAAUUGAGAAGGCAGAGAUGCACGCCGGCUGGUCAAUGCCGUCGGUGCCGACCACGUGCAAGCGACACAAACCAAUCAGGCAGGAACAAAGAUAAGCACGUGGAGCUAUCGCAACUUUCGCUCGCUGCUCAACAUCGCCUCCUGCAUCUUUCUGAACGCACAAUUGUUCCGUGGUAUAGUGGUGAUCCACACCUAGAGACGGCAUGUACAUGCAACCGAAAUGGUGGCCCUCAUAUCCGCGCCUACGGGUCAUGGCUAGAUCAAAGGAAAAGCCAGCCAGCAAUCAGAUAUAAAAGAAGGCGAGCCAUUGGCAAGUAUCCUUUCGCAUCUCCAUACCCUUUGUAAUCAUGAAGAGCACCAUCGGAGCUGUACUUGUUGGAACUGCUCUUGUUGCAGCUGCUCCCCCUGCAGACCGUCGCGAUGUCGACACUCGCUUCCCGUACACCGGGCCUGCUAUUCCAGUCGGUGAUUGGGUCGACCCUACCGUCAAAGGCAAUGGUAAAGGCUUCCCUCGUCUGGUUGAGGCUCCUGCUGUGAAGCCCAAGUCAUCCAACCCGACCAACAACGUCAAUGUCAUCUCCCUGGCCUACAUCCCUGGGGGUAUGAACAUUCAUUACCAGACACCUUUCGGUCUCGGAUCCGCACCUCAGGUUCAGUGGGGUACUCAGCAAGACAAUCUUUGCAAUGUUGCUACCGGACAGUCCAACACGUAUGCACGCACGCCUCCUUGCUCUCUGGCUCCUGUCACACAAUGCAGCGAGCACUUCCACGAAGUUCAGAUUACCGGACUCAAGCCAAACACCAAAUACUGGUACCGCAUUCCGGCUGCCAAUGGUACCACCGAGUCUCAGACUCUCAGCUUCCGCACUGGACACGCUGCCGGCGACCGCUCCGAGUUUACCAUCGCUGUGCUGAACGACAUGGGAUACACCAAUGCUUAUGGUACUCACAAGUACCUCAACAAUGCUGUUGAGGAUGGUCUCGCUUUCGCCUGGCACGGUGGUGACAUCUCUUACGCUGAUGAUUGGUACUCUGGCAUUCUGCCCUGCGAGGACUCAUGGCCUGUUUGUUACAACGGCAGUUCAACCAGACUCCCCGGUGGCCCUCCCUACCCUGCUGAGUACCUCGAUGCUCCUCUGCCCGCUGGAGAGACUCCCAACCAAGGUGGUCCCCAAGGAGGUGAUAUGAGUGUGCUGUACGAGUCCAACUGGGAUCUUUGGCAGCAGUGGAUGAACCCUAUCUGGUCCAAGGUUCCCUACAUGGUUCUUCCUGGAAACCACGAAGCUUCUUGUGCCGAAUUCGAUGGAGGCAACAACACCCUCACUGCCUAUCUCAACAACGACCAGGCCAACUCUUCUGCAGCAAAGUCGGCUCUGAACUACUACAGCUGUCCUGAGUCUCAGAGGAACUUCACAACCUUCCAACACCGCUUCCGCAUGCCCGGAAAGGAGAGUGGCGGUGUCGGCAACUUCUGGUACUCCUUCGACCACGGUCUCGCCCAUUUCAUCAGUAUCGACACCGAGACGGACUUCGCCUACAGCCCCGAAUGGCCCUUCAUCCGUGACAUCAAAGGCGACGAGACUCUGCCUAACGAAGCACAAACCUUCAUCACCGACAGCGGUCCUUUCGGUCGCAUCGACAACAACAACUGGAAAGACAACAAAGCCUACGAGCAAUAUCAAUGGUUGGCCAAAGAUCUCGCCGCCGUCGACCGCAAAAAGACUCCCUGGAUCUUCAUCAACGGCCAUCGCCCCAUGUACAGCAGUCAAACCUCCUCCUACCAAAAGAACGUCCGCAACGCUUUCGAAGAACUGAUGCUCGAACACGGCGUCGAUGCUUACUUCGCCGGCCACAUUCACUGGUACGAACGCCUCUUCCCUCUUGGCGCCAACGGCACCAUCGAUACUGCUUCCAUCAAGGAUAACAACACUUAUUACACUAAUGAGGGCAAAUCGAUCACUCACAUCGUCAAUGGAAUGGCUGGAAAUAUCGAAUCGCAUAGUGAAUUGUCUGCGAACCAACCCGUUCUCAACAUCACUGCCGUGUUGAAUGCGAGAGAUUAUGGAUUCAGCAAGUUGAAGAUCACCUCUACUUCUGCUACUUGGGAGUUCAUCAAGGGUGGAGAUGGCAGUGUGGGUGAUAAGUUGACGUUGUUGAAGAAGUAAAAGUGGAUAUCUCAAGGGUCUGAUGGGGUGUAAAACGUAGAUGUCAAAAUGCAAG